ACCGCAACAGGGCAACACGAUUACGCGAUCGGUAACCUUAAGUAUUUAGAUUCAAAUCCAACGGUUUCCGUUCCUACCAAGGUUGGUUUUAAACUUUUAGUAUCAGCAGGUAAAGCAGAAAAGCUUGAAGGACACAAUUCUUGUUCAGAACCUGCUUCUCUUGGACUCGGAGGAAGAACUAACAAGAAAGGAGGAACUGAGGUUGCAAGCUUCUUCUCCUGGACGAAGCCUUUGAUGAUGGAGAUGAAGUUGAAGAUGGAGAUGGUGACGAUCUUCAUUGCUAUAGUGUUGACGGUGGAGGUAUUGGUAGAUGCGGCCAAUACGAAUCAUGUCUAUGAGCCUUGUUUGGACACGACGGUACAGACAGGGGAUGGUUUCACUUUCGGGAUCGCAUUUGCUUCGAGGACUUCCUUCUUCUAUAACCACUCUCAACUCUCUCCCUGUGACCGACGCCUUAGCCUCUCUUCAGCCAACUCUGAACUAGCACUUUUCAGGCCCAAGGUCGAUGAGAUCUCUCUACUCACAAUCAACACCACCAGCAACUUCUUCCCGGCUAGUUAUGGCGGGUACAUGGUGGCAUUUGCGGGUCGGAAGUAUGCGGCAAGGUCAACCCCUGUUUUUGUUGCAAACAGUACCUAUAUUGUUACCAGCUUUACUCUGGUUCUUGAAUAUAAAAAAGGUCGGCUGCAGAACUUCUACUGGAAGAAUGAUGGAUGCUCUUCAUGCUCAGGGAAGUCUAGUUUCGUGUGCCUGAACAAACGGGCUUGUGCAAUCAGUACUUCUCACUGUAAAGGACAAGGGGGCUCUGUAGAUUGUAGCCUUGGAAUACAAUUGGCAUUCUCAGGCACGGAUAAGCAUUAUGUUGCACUCAACUCAUGGUAUGAAGUGGAAAACUUGCGGCAGUACUCCCUCUAUGGCCUGUAUUCGAACCUCAAGAAUUCUCUUACCAGCCAGUAUAACAAUUUCUUCUGAUUGUUGGUUUUUGUGUGCCCUGGUUUUGCCAAUGGGUGAUGGUGCUCGUUUUUUCGUGGUCUGCUUGGAGCAUGGAACUUGUAGCAUCGUAAAGUAUUGUAUCUCUUACCUUUUUUUUUUUUUUUUUUUUUUUUUUUUUUGAAGUUUUUGAGGUGUUCACUGUUCUGUAUUUCAUACUUCUUACCUCUCCUAUUUGUUGUGCUGAAAGAUUCUGUAAAUUUGUACUACAUGAUCUCUCCCACCGCCCCCCCCUCCCCCCCCAAUUCUCUUGACUGCAGUGGAUCUCAGAAUUAUUGUGAUUAGUAGACUUUGUAUUGAAUGCCCUGGAUCUUUUAUGGGCUGCUAAUGUUUUACCUCCCUCUGCCGUGUUUAAAAACUCA